AUGUCCACGGAGCCUUCCGACGAGAGCAGCAAAUAUCCCGCUGACGCAGUUGCGACGAUGCUAUCGGAAGGGCCCACACGGCAGAGGCCCGACGAUCUGUUUUCCAAGCUGGUCACGGAGCCUGAGGUACCUUCCUGGCUUGAGGAGUUGAAGCGCAGGCGUCAGAUGUCCACGGAGCCUUCCGACGAGAGCAGCAAAUAUCCCGCUGACGCAGUUGCGACGAUGCUAUCGGAAGGGCCCACACGGCAGAGGCCCGACGAUCUGUUUUCCAAGCUGGUCACGGAGCCUGAGGUACCUUCCUGGCUUGAGGAGUUGAAGCGCAGGCGUCAGAUGUCCACGGAGCCUUCCGACGAGAGCAGCAAAUAUCCCGCUGACGCAGUUGCGACGAUGCUGUCGGAAGGGCCCACACGGCAGAGGCCCGACGAUCUGUUUUCCAAGCUGGCGUCAGAUGUCCACGGAGCCCUCCGACGAGAGCAGCAAAUAUCCCGCUGA